AGUGACCCACAUGUCUCCUAGCAACAGGACCUGUCAACAAGGAGUAGACAUGGCCCAUAAACGCUAAGUUUCUUUUAAUUUUCAUCCACCUGUACAGUACUGUCUGGUUUAUUUUGUGGCUUUCAGUGUUUAUUUAAGAUGUAGUGAGAAACAACGCUAUAUUCAUUAAACGUGUUUAGUCUUUUAACGUCUUAAAAGUGUUUAAAACAUGAUGUGAACUGUCAGUCAGCGCCAGUGAAAGUAUUAAGUUAGAGAAUGCACGUCCAGUGGAGUCACUUAUCCAGCAGGAAUAUGCCAUUCAGACCUCACACAAGGUUGAUGUUUUUAACCUCCCACAAUUCACAACAAAACUCUACCAGAAGUGUGUCGGCUCACUCACUAUGUCAGCGCACACAAGCUGGGCACACUAACCGCUGGCAGCUGGCAGGUGCUUUAGGCAGUGACCUGCUGGGUCAGGCACAGGUUCGGAGGGCAGAGGAGUUUGGUGAUAAAUCAGGAGACAGAAAAAUUAAAUCAGCUGACCCCAUGACACUCCACUGGCACGAGGAUGCCACUAGCUGCCCACAAUCCCCUUUGCCACGUCUCAUUCACCCGCUCUCGGCCAGCCGACGUACCAGACUCUGCAAAGAUGUCACAUGGUCUUCAAAGCUUGACACUCAAGAGGAACAAUUUUACAUUUUGUCUCGCAGAUUGACCCAAAAUGCUAAACCAGAUGCAGUACUGGAAUGUCUGGGGGUCAGGUGGGAGCUGCAUUGCUCUGUCUUGAGCUAUUCAGACACAUUAUCUGAGCUGUAUAGCAACAGCAAAAGACAGAGGGAUGUUCAGCUACAAGAGAGAGCUGCCAUACAUAAAAACAGCAAAGUUAAUAGGUCUCAGUGUGAAAGAGGACUGGUUUACAGAAAGUGGCAUCUCAGCGGCGCUUUGAUUCUCCGACUGCCUGUCAAAGACGCCUCCAUCAAUAAAGAGGCUUUGUCUUUUGCCCUGCGGACCCUGUACGACCAAGAGGAACGCCCCAGUGAGUGGGGAGAGGCUGUGCUCUCUACUGCUGCAUUACUGGGAAUGUCAAACCUCUUCCAGAAGUGUCUUAAAGAGAUGUUGGCAAAUAUUUCAUCACUGACUGUGUGCAGCUUUCAUCGGGUGUCCUGCAAGCUUAAAGAGACUGUUCUCCAGAGAGCAUGCGAGCGCUGGUUGGAGCUGUUCCUGGUGACUGAACUCUCCUUCCAUAUAAAACUCAGAGAUUUGCCCUUUGACCUCCUGCUGAAGACCCUGCUUAGUCCAAGACUGUUCACAUCUAAUGAGUAUGAGGUCUUGAGAGCAGUGCUGUGCUGGCUGUACCUGCAGUUAAACCCCCUCAGACAGACCCUACCAGCCCACAGCACCAUCAUCACCUUCUUCUCCAAGGAAAUGGCUGUUUUCUUGGAACAGCCUCAGGGUCAAAAAUACAUCACUAUCUUUCAAGCCCUUCGUAUGCAUGGCAUUACUGAAUGGCAGCAUCUGCAGGAGCUGCAAAACAUCAGAGUUCUUCCUGAAUCCUGGCUGCUGCACAUCCUGUCCAAUCAUUACCACACUCUUUACAGCGGGGGCGACCUGGUAUUGACUGACUUCUCCAAACAAGCUAUCCGUUUUGGAAUGAUGUUUGAUAGGGAACAAGUGUGCUGCACUCAAACCAUCAGCAUCUAUGGCUUUUACUUUCUUCUCCAAGCUGCUAAAACGGGCGAAUCAGAUACAUACAGCUUCUCCAUUGAGAGGUUAAGACACUGGGAUCCUGCUGUGUGCCAGUCUUCCAUUGUGAGCCGUCCAUACAGUGUGCGAUCUGAUCGAUCAGUGCGCUAUCAAAUCACAGUGCAAAGCUAUGCCAAUGGCGAGUGGCAAGAGCACAGCAGUGGACCUGUCAAUCAAGAGUUUGGCUUAUGCAAACGCCGCUCUAGGAGCAAGCCGUUCCUGAUUGAAGGACUUUCUUCUCCCAUCCUGGUGACCUUUGCUCUGGCAUUCCCAUUUUGAGCUUGCAUCUUGCCCCCUUUCCAUAGUAAAUAUAUUAAUGGAUUAUACAGAAUGGCAAAAUGCUUUUGUGUUUUUCUUGUUCGUGUAUGGUGGACACUAUGUCUAAUAA